AUGGAGGGGCGGAGGACCUGGGAUGGAGUGCCGGUGGAGUCGCAUUCUCCUCCCCAGUCGGUGCCGGGGCGACGGACGCCGCUGGGGGCUGUCGGCCUCGGCGGCUUCUACAUGCAAGGAGGCCAGCCUCCGCCUCCACAACACUGCUAUCCCACUGAUGAGAACCAGCCGGAACCAGGAACUAGUUAUGCUCAACGUCCUAUGGGGGAAGGAAAAUCAAAACAGAAAAUGCGCCAAGGAAAAAAUGUGAGACUGAACAUAAAUGCUCGGGAACGGAGACGAAUGCACGAUUUAAACGAUGCCCUAGAUGAAUUACGUGGCGUAAUACCGUAUGCACACUCUCCUUCGGUCAGAAAGCUGUCUAAAAUAGCAACACUCCUGUUGGCCAAGAACUAUAUUCUUAUGCAGGCUAGCGCACUCGAGGAGUUAAGAAGGUUAGUAGCCUACCUCCAAGGUACAGCAACAGCCGCUGGUAUAGUUCCACCCCCAGGGUUUGACCUAACAACACUUCCUGCUGCUGCAAAGCUCCUUCAGCCACCAACAAUUCCUGGGCCUCCAGCUCCUCCAGACCCACCUUCU